AUGCCGGGCAACAUGGUCGGCCGGAGUAUGCAGUCGCCUGCUUUCAACAACGGCUCGCAAAUGUCGCUUGUACGCACACAGUCCGAGAGAAGCGUCUCGACAACGGCCACAGUCAAAGAGGGCAUGGUCAAGGUCAAGGAUGCAAACGUGUUCAGAAGUAUGAUUUGGGCCGAGCGGUGGCUGGUACUGCGCGAAUUCGAGCUGAACUUUUUCAAGAGCCCUAAUGCCUCCAAAGCAUCAACCACGAUUCAACUGCGAGACAUCCUCGGCGUGGAGCGAUCAGACACGCAGCCUUUGUCCUUUGAAAUCACCAAGGCUGCCAACACCAGCAAGGGCUCGUCCCCGCCCCGCGAUGGCCCUACAAAGAUCAUUACAUGCAAGGUCGAGACUGACGAUGACGUCUACUCGUGGAUCGACAGCAUCUACCAGCGCUGUCCCAGCAUGGGCGGUGUCAGCAACCCCACCAACUUCACCCACAGAGUGCACGUAGGCUUCGAUCCUAACAGCGGAGCGUUCGUCGGUCUGCCGGUAGAAUGGGAGAAGCUUCUCACUGCAUCCGCUCUGACUAAGGACGACUAUGCAAAGAACCCCAAGGCUGUUUUGGAAGUUUUGGAGUUCUACACCGAAAAGCUUGUCAAGCGCUCCGAGGACCCUCAGCAAUACCCGAGUCUCACUCCGACCCCGCCAACAAAUGCUGGAAUGGAGAAACAGCUUGGAUACGGUGGCAGCGGCAAUUCUGUUGCGCCUCCGCGCCCUGCACCGCCUGGCAAUUAUCAGCGAAAAGACAGCUACAGUCAAGGCUAUGGCGGUCAACAAAACUCGGCUUCGCAGCAACAAAACCGCUACGAACAAGAUCGCUACGAACAAGAUCGCUACGAACAAGAUCGCUACGAACAGGACAGGAGGAGGCAAGAGGACCAGGUCAGGGCACAGCGCGAACGCGAACUCCAGCGGCAGAGGCAGGAGUACGAGCACCAACAAAGGCUGCAGGCUGAAGCUGAAGCUGAUUGGGAGAACGAUAUUCCAAAGAAGGUUACUCCUGCGGCGAAACAAGAAAUUGGCGGAGGCGGCUACUCGCGAGAUCAGAGCCCGUCAGGCCAGAGGUACAACCCCAGCCGCCCUGCGCCAUCCACUCCCGGUGCAAGAGGCCCACAGCAGCAGCCCCCGCGGCAGCCAGUCGCACAGCGUCCAGCACCUUCUGCACCUCAGCAACAGAAUGGUGGCUACAGCACAUCUCCUUCCAAAGCGCAGUCAACUCAGCAACGACCACCCAUGGCCUCGAAGAAUUCGAGUGGCCAGGUUCCCAGGGUUGCUAAUGGUCAAAACCAACAGCAAAAGCAAUACCAGCCAGGUGCUGCACCCAAGCCGUUGAACGUUGCUAAGCCUCAGAAUGCUCCUGUCAGUGAUGCAGUGAAGAAGGCCGAGCAGGCCCUUACUGCUAAGCCCAAGGAGGAGCCAGCACGGAAGGAUGUGCGCAUGUCCAGCAUGUCCGAAGGCGAGGUCAUGGCGAAGCUCCGGGAGGUCGUAUCCAAAGAACGGCCACUGGACUCGUACAACAAGCAAAAGAAGAUUGGUCAAGGUGCUAGUGGUUCCGUGUAUGUUGCUCGCAUCCGUGAAGGUGCCACUUCGCCCAUGGCCCGAAGGGUUAUGCAAGAAAAUGGCCCACGUGCACAGGUCGCUAUCAAGCAAAUGGAUCUCCGCAACCAGCCACGCAAAGAACUUAUCGUAAACGAGAUUAUCGUCAUGAAGGACAGCAAACACCCCAACAUCGUCAACUUCUUGGACGCGUUCUUGCAAGAGGAGCAGUCCGAGCUCUGGGUCGUCAUGGAGUUCAUGGAGGGAGGUGCUUUGACCGACAUCAUUGACAACAACCCUUCCAUUAGCGAAGACCAGAUCGCGACGAUUUGCUUCGAGACCUGCAAGGGACUUGAGUACCUUCAUAACUUGAACAUCAUCCACCGAGACAUCAAGAGUGACAAUGUCUUGCUCGAUGGCCGUGGCAAUGUCAAGAUCACCGACUUUGGUUUCAGUGCGAAGCUCACCGAGCAGCGCAGCAAGCGUGCGACUAUGGUUGGAACUCCAUACUGGAUGGCCCCUGAAGUCGUCAAGCAAAAAGAGUAUGGCAACAAGGUCGAUAUCUGGUCUUUGGGUAUCAUGGCCAUUGAGAUGAUCGAGUCUGAACCACCGUACCUGAAUGAGGAACCGCUCAAGGCUUUGUAUCUCAUUGCCACCAAUGGCACUCCUCGUCUCAAGAAGCCAGACAAGCUCUCGAAGGAGCUCAAGGCUUUCUUGUCGGUCUGCCUUUGCGUCGACGUAAAGUCCCGAGCAAGUGCCGGAGAGCUGAUCAGCCACGACUUCCUCAAGAGCGGAUGCAGCCUAGCGAGCCUAUCUCAGUUGCUUAACUUCAGGAAGAACGGCGGCCACUAA